AUGGGUACUUCUAUAAAGGCUUCAGAAGUUACUUCAAGAAAGACUUCUUGGAAAUUUUCUAAAGAAGUUGGAGGUUUUCUUCCAUCCGUAAAACCUAUUUUUUAUAAAAAUAGAAAAUACCUUAUUGUUCUUGGUUCAGUAGAUGUUAGAAUAUAUCAAAUAACUACGAGACAAUGCAUUCGAAGAAUUGCAGUUGAUGGAACGAAAUAUGCACAUAUGUACCUUGGGCAAAAUGGAAAGUUGUGGCUUUUUAGUCAACUGGGUCAAGGAAUAUUUGUCGACCUUGAGGAUGAAAACGGCCAAAUUUUUUUAACAACCCUUGAUCUCCCAAUAUAUGAGAUUGUUGAUAUUAUUGAUGAUAAAACCUUUAUUAUAAUUUCAUCUCUUGAUCAAGUUUCUUCAAAGUCUAUUCCCGGUCACCGAUACCUUCUAAAGCACACUUUGAAGGACGGAAAAUCGAUUUUUGCUGAUGAAAAUGUUCAAAAGUCUAAAGAUAGUUCGCGAUGGGAUACAUCGGUGAUUUUUCAUAUUGAUUACAGCAAAAACUUCGCUAUUUCUAACAACAAAAAAUAUUUUGCUUUCACUACCAGUUAUUUAAGUGAUACAGUUGUGGCGGGACAAUUGGAUGAAGAAUACAAUCUUAUUCAAGCAAUGGAGCCUAUUCAACGAAAACACAGGACGCGUGCAAUCGCGAUAUCCGAUACGGGUGUGGUUGCUGUAGGCUCUGUUGGUGGAGCUAUUGACCUCUAUUAUGAAAUCUUUGACAAAAAUAGACCUUCAAUUAUAUUUCCAAGAGCUUUGAAAUGGCACAUUGAUCCCGCAAGAGCACUAUCUUUUUCCUUGGACGGAAACUAUUUGUUAUCUGGUGGUAAUGAAAAGGUUCUUGUUUUUUGGCAGCUAGAUACGGGCCGCUCUCAGUUUCUUCCUCGUCUCACUGGUGAAAUAUCUGAUAUUGUUGUUGAUUCAUCAAGCGAACUUUAUGCUGUUAGAAUGGCUGAUAACGAAAUAGUUAUAUUUUCAUCUUUGGAUUUGCUUAGUCGUUUACAGAUUGCUGGCGUGAAAGCUCAGAUUCUUUCUUCACAGCAGCUGGCCAAUGAUUCUACUGCAAUGAAAUCUAAAAAGACCAAUACUAAUGUACCAGUCUUUUCUUGUCCCUUUUUUAUCAAUCCUAAAACAAAAAGUUCUUAUAUACCUUUAACUUAUUCAUCACUUAUUCAAGUCUAUGAUACUAAUAGGGAUGAACAGGUUGGCAUGAUCACUGUUGCCCCAGCUCUUCAAACUGGUAAAGUAAAGGUGGAAACCCAAAUCCGAGAUCCCAAAGUUACACAUGUUAGUUUUACUCCUGAUGGGAAGUGGAUGGCUACUGUUGAUGAAUAUAUUCCACCAAGCAUUGAUCCGUUACUUUCGAAGGGAGACAGGGAAAUUAAUUUAAAGAUAUGGAGAAAUACCGAUGGCAAUUGGGUGCUUACAACUCGUAUUUCUGCACCUCAUGGUACAAAUGUUCGAAUCAGUAAUUUAAUAGCCGCUGGAUCUUAUUAUAAUAAUGGUCAUGCAUUUUUGACCAGUAGUGAGCAUGGAGGUUUAAGAUUGUGGAUGCCCGAACUUAUUAGUCCCGAAGAAGUUUCAAACGAGGGUAAAAUUUCUAAAGACGCGAUUAUCAAAGUCGAUAAAUCACGACUAAACUACUCAUGGUCAGUCAGAAAAGAUAUUCCAGGAAUUCUACAUACACCUUCCCGAGUUAGCGCUUCUUGGUCUACCGAUGGAUCUGUGAUAGUGCUAUCUCUGGGUGGUGCUAUGUAUAUUGUGGAUGGUGAAUCCUUUGAAAUCAAAGCAAGUCUUCCAAAUAUUGUCGAUACUUCAAUUUAUCAACUUCACAUAAUUGGUAGUAGACUUGUUAUUCUUUCACAGACUCGAUUGGCUGUAUACGAUCUUAUUAAUGGUGCUCAGGUUUGGUCUGUUGGUAUUACUGUUCCGGAAUUAGAUUCUCAAAAUCUGCUGGCAGUUGAUUCAUCAAAUGGCCUGAUUGCUCUAGCAGUCAACAAUCAAGGAAAAAAUAAGAUUGCGAGAAUUAUUAUAUUUUCUAUCGAUACUCCAGUUCCUGUGCAUGUUGAAAAUGUACCAUCUUAUAUUUUGUGCAUUCGUCAUGUCCCUAGUACUUCGUCCACAUUUCAAAUUUUGAACCCAGAUUUAAGGUUUAGUACUCUUUCUCCAGCUACUGAAAAGCAAUCUAAUUCAACUUUUGAGCUACAACAACACUCAACAUCUUUUGAAGAUUCGAUUAGCAAUCUUUAUUCAUCAUCAAAUGGGCUUCGUUCUUCCACUACUGCACCAGCUCUUGAUUUUGAUAGUGUAUCAGAUGUUAUCACAGCCACUACAUUUGAUUCCGCAUUUGAAGAUGCUCAAACUGGUGGAUGCUCAAUGAAUGAGUUGUUUGAAAAUGUCUUUAGCGUCCUUGCCAACAAAGCUAAUUAA